UAAGAAUGUGGAUGAUUUUUAUCAGCAUCUCUAAAAAACUUGCUGUAUCUUAGGUUAUUUUUAGUCCUGUUGGUAAAACGGCAAUGUGAAAGGAAGUAACUCAACAGGGAAAUAAAUGGAAAUAUUUAAUCUCUGUAUUGCUGGUCAGCAUCCCACCCAGCUGAAUUUGUUCAUUUUCCCAACUUUGUGUAUCUACCACUGUUUUUUAUUAACAUACAUGGGAAAAGAAGAAGUCAAAAGAAGACAGGUUAUCAGAGCCACAUUUGUGUUCAGUAAGGACUAUUCAAUUAUAGUAUAUAGUAACCUGGAGGAAGGCAAUUCUCUAAGGUUCUGCAUGUUUUUCAUUAUUCCCUUGUCUGUCCUUUCCUUCCAUUCUCUAGUCUUGCUGUUCUGCUUUCUAGAUCAAUAAAUGCUUCAGGCAGAAUGGAUUAAUUAAACAUAUUCUUGAAUACUUCUCCCUUAAAACUAUGGGGAUAUAGUGUUGCUUUGAACCCUAUCAGGAGAAGUCUAUAAGGGUAAUUCCUUGGCAACUCUCUUAGACUGCAGCUCUCCUGCUAGGCUGUACUGUAGUAUAAGGCGUGCACUCUGAGCAAGGCUGCUAAUAUGCUGAGUCAGCAUGACUGGCUCAGCACAGCCAUGCAGGACCCUGGCUGCCAAGCUAUUUUUAAAUGUGGUUUCAUCCGACUCCAGCUCUUUCCAAAUCUUCCUUUUCGUGAGCAUUUGCUCUUAAGAUUUAUAGAAAGCUGUGGGGUUGGGCAGAAUUUGUCAAGAGCUCGUGUAAAUCCCACAGUUGAAUCCGAUUGUGAAGGCUUGCGUGUUAUGACGACCCCCAACAAAGGAAACAAAGCCUUGAAGGUGAAGCGGGAGCCAGGGGAGAAUGGGACCAGCUUGACAGAUGAAGAGCUGGUGACCAUGUCUGUACGGGAGUUGAACCAGCAUCUGCGGGGCUUAUCUAAGGAAGAGAUCAUCCAACUCAAGCAACGCCGGCGGACCCUGAAGAACAGAGGCUAUGCUGCCAGCUGCCGGGUCAAGAGGGUAACCCAGAAGGAAGAGUUGGAGAAACAGAAGGCAGAACUUCAGCAGGAAGUGGAGAAGCUGGCUUCAGAGAAUGCUAGCAUGAAAAUGGAACUUGAUGCCCUGCGUUCCAAGUAUGAGGCACUGCAGAACUUCGCCCGGACCGUUGCCCGGAGCCCUGUCACCCCUGCCCGGGGCCCACUUGCUUCCAGCAUGGGGCCCCUUGUUCCCGGCAAAGUUGCCACCACCAGCGUUAUCACGAUAGUUAAAUCCAAAACGGACGCCCGGUCUUAGUGAAACGAGCACUGCCUGGGCUUGUCUGUGCAGGGCAGUUAGGCACAAAGCUCAUCCGGAACCCCCAAAGCACAACCCUCUCCCAGAUGGCCCAGCCCACACAGGCACACGCUGGCCUGCUCGUCACUGCAGUUGCUUUGUUUUUAGCUUGUUCUGGUUGAUGUGACUGAUGGUAACGCAGCCUUUCCAUUGUGAACAGAACCGUCCACCUAGUGUGUUCUGAAAAUGGAAGCUGAAGGACCUCAGUGCUCUUGCCAAAGAGAUUUUCAGCAGCAUGGAAUCCAUUCUUGGGUAGGAAUAACCCAAAGGGGAGGGAAGAGGUCAUAGAGAGUUGGAAGACCUGCUGUCAGUGAUGACUUCAAUGCCGUUCUUCCAGGGUUGAGUCAGCUGUCCAGUCUGCUGCUUGUAAAUUGCUUGGUAUCAGGGGGGGUAGUUUGUGUAACCAUUUUUAUAUUACCAUCUAGUUGCACCUUUUAGGUUUGAAGAUGGGAUUCCUUAGGACUUUCCCUGAAGGAGAGGGAAGCGGGGAAAACUAUUUCCUGGUGUCUGUGCUGCAGAGGAAGGAAAGUAGCCAGGAACGAGCACUGUUGUGUCUACGUACCAGACGAAGUGGGUUACAUUGCAGUGACCACAGGCCGGUUUUGUGCCUAAUGUGUUGCACUGAACAAGACCAAAAUCACUAGUUGUUUUCUGUUGUUUGGAGCGUAUCCAGUGUCUCUAGUGUGAUGGUUUACACAACUGGUUUAUGUAGUUUAAAUAGCCCUUUAUUUAAAAGAGAAGCAUUCAUUUAAAGAGUUAUUAAAUGAUCUAAGUUUCAAAUCUACAAUUCGGUGAAGCACUUCUAUUUAACGGUCUCCUUUUAGCCUGAGAAGGUGAGAAUAUAUGAUUGUCAUAUUCUCGGAGACACAAAAUGCAAAUUUUAAAAGUUUCUCGUUAAGUCUUUGUGGCUCUGAGGUUGGUUUUUAUAAAGAGUUAUUAGACUUUUAUUUAUAAAUAACAUAGGAAAAAACAAAAAAAAGAGGCUAGUCCUGUUUGAUAUCUUUUUGCAAUUGUACCAAAAGUGACUUAUUCUUGAAUUCCCCAUCUGCUUCUUUUGUAUUCCUGUUGUAUUUAAUUGUCUGUGCUCUGAGGUCUUUUGUGGCGCUGUGACGUGAUGGUGCCAGUGGCCACUUUGCUAUGUGGAUGUCCUGUGAGCAUUUGUUCAGCUUUCCCAGGGCUGAGUGCAGGUUUUCUGGGGCAUUUGCCAGUAGGCCUUCUCAAAGGUUUGGUCUCAUGAGAAAAAUUACCUGAAUCUGAAGCCUGAAAAGAAUGAAUUCUUUUAAGAGGUUAACAAAACUGCUUAAAGAUAGCUGGCAGACAGUGUUGCAUUAUAUCAUGUCACUUAUAUUACAAUUGCCAAAAAAAAAAUAUUUUUUUUGGGGGGGGCUGGGACUGGGUGUUCCUAAAGGUUGAAUCCAGAGUUGCAACGGUAAUGGAUUAGAAGGAAUCACUCCUGUUAAUGUAGGAAUAUGAAACAAUUU